UGGGUACAAAGAGGGUGGCCCGCUGCGCCGGGCGAGCGUUUUAAAGAAUUUGUAAAAAAACGUGGGGAACUUUCGGCUCAAGGGGGGUGCCUGCUAUGGGGGGAUAGAGUGGUGAUCCCAGAGAAAUUAAGAAAAAGGGUGUUGGAUCUCCUGCACGAGGGUCACCCAGGGAUCGUUAGGAUGAAGGGUCUAGCGAGAAGCUAUGUGUGGUGGCCCUUAAUGGACUCCGAAAUUGCUGAAAGGGUAGGGAAAUGCCAGGCCUGCCAGGAGUCCAGACCUCUACCCCCAACGGCCCCGGUUCGGGAAUGGGAAAGACCCCAAGGGCCCUGGUCGAGAAUCCACAUUGAUUUUGCCGGCCCCUUCCACGGCCAAACCUUCCUGGUAGUAGUCGAUGCCUACUCCAAAUGGCUGGAAAUCAUUCUCAUGAGAUCCAUGACAGCCGAAGCCGUGAUCUCAGUCCUACGGCACCUAUUUGCAACACAUGGGUUGCCUGACACAUUGGUUUCCGAUAACGGCCCGCAAUUCACGGCAACACAGUUUGAGGAAUACUUGGCAGAAGAGGGCAUCCGCCAUGCCCUCUCGGCGCCUUUCCACCCUGCGACGAAUGGCCUUGCAGAGCGUUUCGUCCGAAGCGCGAAAGAGGCAUUGUCCAGACUCAAGCCAGGCGACUGGCAAUCAAAAAUAGAUAUUUUCCUAGCCGUCCAACACCGAACCCCCUGUGCCACCACCGGCAGAAGCCCUGCCGAAUUACUAAUGGGCCGAAAACUCAGGUGCCCACUAGACCGUUUAAAUCCAAGGCAGUUCCUCUUUCUCAUUGCUGACCAGGUGCAGUUGCAUGCUUUCCCCUACCUGAAGCCUCAGGGCUGUCCUGGUGCAGCUGUGCUUCAGCCAAAUCCCUCUCAAACAGUUGCUUAG